GCCAGGCGGGUCUUUGACGACCCAGACACCUGGCGACAGUACAAGGACAAACGCCCGGGGCUGCCGUUUGGGCUCCACAACUACACGUCGGGCUCGGUCGGCAUGUUUCUGAAUCCAUAUUUGAAGCGGCCGUCUGGGCUUUUGGAGUUUUGCAAAGAGUCUCUUCUCCGAGCUCGGCAACUCACCGUGUCCAUCAUAGCAGACGAUUCAGCUGCUGGGUUGCGCCAAUAUAUCAGAAACCUGGAUAGACUGAGCGACAUUUUGUGUCGCGUUAUAGAUCUGUGCGAAUUUGUGCGCGUGGCGCAUCCCAACAAGGCGUUUGUCAACGCAGCUGCCGACUGCCACAAGGAGAUGUUUCGGUUCAUGAACGAGCUAAAUACAUCUGAGGAGAUGUAUCUAAAGUUGGAACGCGUGCUGCACGACCCCGAGCUGAGCAAGGAGCUGAGCAUGGAGGAGAUCAGCGUGGGGAAGUUGCUGUAUGCAGACUUCCAGAAGGCCGGGCUCGGACUCGCCGGCGAGGGCAAGUCGACGUAUGUGGAGCUGAGCCAGCACAUUGCCGAGGUCGGCCAGCAGUUUGCAGACGAAGUGUACGAGGUGGAGUCGGCAGAAGUGCUGGUUCCGAAGUCAGAGGUCCGGCCGGGCGAUUUCACACCAGAACUCGAAAAAUACAUUCACGUGACCGCCAAUGACGUCAAGGUCCCGCUUUAUGGACACGUUCCGAUGGAGGUUCUGCGGACUUGCCCGAACAGAGACGUGCGGCGGCGUGUGUGGGUCGCCAUGCACACGGCGAAACCGAUCCAGCUCAAGCGACUAACGCAUCUGGUGAUCUACCGACGGCUCCUGGCUGCGCAGUUCCAGCACCACAGUUUUGGCGCUUACCAGCUGAACGACAAGAUGGCACGAUCUCCCGAGAACGUUCGACGGUUCCUGGAGAAGUUGGCAUUAGAGAUCCGGCCAGAGGUCGAACAGGAGCUUAAGGUGCUGGCGAAAAGCGUCAACAUAGACUCUGACCCGAUCAAGGAAAUCAGGCCGUGGGACCGCGAGUAUUUGGCCGCCAGGUAUCUGAGCCGGCAGAAGAGCACGAGUACGGAGGAUAUCAGCGCCUACUUCUCUCUGGGAACCGUGGUGCAGGGUCUUUCUGAUUUAUUCAAGAGCAUUUACGGUAUCGAGCUGCGGCCGGCAAAAGUGCAGCCGGGCGAGGUCUGGGAGCCCAGCGUGCGCAAGUUCGAAGCUACGAGCGACAGAGAUGGCGUGGUGGGCAUUAUUUAUAUGGAUUUGUUCUACAGAUCCAACAAGACGCUAAACCCAGCGCAUUUCACCAUCUGCUGCUCGCGGAAAAUAUACCCAGAGGAGUUGGACGAGAACGACCCUUUUAACCUGAAACUGCCCACGGUCCAGACCAAAAAGCAUGGCGACGACACGUUCCAGCUGCCUGUGAUCUCGCUUGUGUGCAACUUCCAGCCCGAACACGUCCACGGCGACCAGGAAAAAUGUCUAUUAUCUCUUGCACAGGUGGAAACGCUUUUUCACGAGAUGGGCCACGCGAUGCACUCCAUGCUGGGCCGCACAAACCUGCACAACGUCAGCGGAACAAGAUGUCCGACAGACUUUGUCGAGCUGCCGUCGAUCCUGAUGGAGUAUUUUGCUAAAGACGAGCGCGUGCUACUGUCGUUUGCCCGCCACCACAAGACCGGUGAACGUCUCCCGCAGGCAUUGCUCCGCCGCCACCAGGCAGACCACUCGUUCCUCGACAAGUGCGAGACUUUCAGUCAGAUCAAGAUGGCAUACUUGGACCAGCAGCUGCAUGGAGCAAUCGACUUCAACUUCGACCCUCUGCGGUGCUACCACGACGUCGAGCGCCACUUCGAGGCGUUCAAGGACGACGAGUCGUCGUGGGUCGCCAAGUUCGGCCAUCUGUACUCGUACGGCGCGAUGUACUACUCGUAUCUGUUCGACAGAGUGAUUGCCACCCGGAUCUGGGAGCAUCUGUUUGCCGAAGAUCCGUUCUCGCGUGCAAGCGGCGACAAGUUCCAGAACCAGGUCCUCAAAUGGGGCGGCUCACGCGACCCGUGGGAGCUCGUGGCCGACGUGCUGGAGCUGCCGGAGCUGCGCCGAGGCGACGCUGCUGCGAUGGAGCUGCUGAGCCAUAACGGCGCCGCUUUCCAGCCGACGCUAACACGCAGAUCGUCCGGGGACAAGAAGUACGAGGUGAAUCUUUUGCCUUCGUCGACGAUCGCGGAGGUGAAAGAGCAGCUGGCGGGAGAAACAGACAUUCCUGCUGAUAGGCAAAGACUCAUCUAUUCGGGCAAAGUGCUUAAGGACGCGGAAACUGUUGCCGCAUAUAAGAUCCAAGACGGCCACACGAUCCAUCUGGUGAAGGGUGCGGCCAAAAGCGGCAGCGCAGGCCCAGAAUCAACAGCAGCCUCAAGUGGACAGCCAGGGGCGAACUCCGACACCAGCAGCAUUCCACAGAACAUCGCUGCCGGCCAAGGCGCAUUCAACCCGCUGGCCGGGCUCACCGGUGCACGAUACGCGGGUCUGAACGUGCCUAUGCCCUCAAUGGAGUCUCUGGGCUUUGGUGCCGACGGAAUGCAGCUUCCGGACGAAUCCCAAAUGGAACAGAUGAUGGAAAACCCAAUGUUCCAGGAAAGCAUGCGUGCAAUGCUUUCUGACCCACAAAUGUUGGACUUUUUGAUCCAGCAGUCGCCUCAGCUGAGUGCGAUGGGCCCUGCGGCCAGAGAAAUGUUGCAGAGUGAAUACUUCCGCAACAUGUUGACUAAUCCACAAAUGAUGAGAAGCAUGAUGCAAAUGCAAAGAAGCAUGGGCGGUCCUUCUGCAUCCGCGUUUCCUGCUCCUGGUGGAGCGUCUGCAGAAGCGGGAAGCAGCACUUCGACCAAUAAUGCUGGCGGAUCAACGUCUGGUUCUGGUUCUGGGUCUGGCUCGGGAUCGGCUGCCGCAGCCAACCCAUUUGCCGCUCUUUUGGGUGGAAACAUGGGCGCCGGUUUAGGUGGACUGGGAGGAUUGGGUGGAUUCCCUGGUUUUGCUGCUCCAGCCGAUAACAGGCCGCCUGAAGAGGUGUUUGAGGUGCAGUUGCGUCAGCUGAACGACAUGGGAUUUUUCGACUUUGACAGCAACGUGCGUGCGCUCAGAAGAAGCGGUGGGUCCGUGGAGGGGGCGAUCGAGGCAUUGUUGAACGAAUGUAACCUGCUGCAACUAUGCGGUGGUGCUAGGUAUGCGGAGGAGCCAUUUGACAGUGGUUCCUUGUAUACAAACGGCUUUGAUCAGCUGGAGCCUACCGAUGACGAGUUGAUGGCUGAACUCUCCGACCGCGAGAAGCCUGCCAACGAAAGUGCCCGUGCACGCAAGAAACGAGAAAAGCGGCAGCAUAAACAACGCCGACAGCGUAAGAGCCCGCGGUCCGAGUGGUCUAUAGUCCAUGAGCUGUGCUCUGGUGAUGAUAAAGUGCUCAAAUUCCACGAGAUCACCGUGUAUCGAGAGGAUAUCCUGAAUCUUCGAGACGACGAGUGGCUAAAUGACAACAAUUUGGCCUUUAUCUACGAGUAUAUUACCCGCGUGCACAUUGAGCCGACGCUGAGACGUCGAAUCCGCUUUGCCAACCAGAAAAUGAUAGAAACUAGCAUAAUUUUACUCAUGCCUGCAUUUACAUUUUUGCUGGCCCAUCACCCAGAGCCAACCCAGCUCAGGGGUGUUCUUCCGCCAAUCGAAAAGGCAAAAUUUGUCUUCAUGCCUCUGAACGACAACGAGGACCUUGGGGUGGCCGAAGGCGGUUAUCAUUGGUCCCUGGUGGUGCUCAGUGUCGAGGACCGGCUGGCUAUGGUUUACGAUUCGAUGGAGUCUGCCAACGAGCAAGAGACAAAACAGCUUGUGAGCAAAAUUGAGCAGUACUAUGGAUUCAAAUUCAGAAUCAUAACCGAUUUACACCCACCGCAGCAGAGCAACGGGUCCGACUGUGGAAUCAGUGUGGCUGGGUUUACAGCGAUUUUGGUAGCCCGGUUGCUGAAGGCAGAGGAUAAACAUAAAAUUAAUAUGAGCAUGGAAAACGUGAGCUUCAGCGCUCUGGACGCUCGCCUGUUUGUUCUGAAAUGCAUCAAACGGCUAAGAGACGAGACUGAGACUCGCUGACGCGCGUAUAGAUAAAUGAGAGCGAAUGCAUCGUCUUUGUAGUGAGCGGAAAUGACCGUACAGGUUGCUAUGUGGUCUUUGACACCUCCAACAUACCAAGCACAAGACAGGACGCACUGUAUGUCAGACGCGGCGAGAGCACGCCAUGCUACACCAAACGUCCGCUAUCGCGACGUGGGGCGGUCUUGAUUACCAACACAGCUCUUCUGAAGUAAAG